AUGCAAUUAAGGAACAUAUUAACCGUUUUGGUGUCAAGUGUCGUCGUCUGGGCAGCAUAUCUACCACAUGAACCAUGGUCCACUUUGAGUCCCACCGGUUCAAUGAAGGACGGUGUGAUAAACCAUUACUCUGUCUUUGGAAUCAUGCCCGAGCCAGUAACUGCAAAUUUGCACAAGAGAAAUGAAGUCACUCAAAUUGAAGAUGGUCAAGUGCAAAUAAUUAAAACGAAAAAUACAAGACAUAUCAUAACAGUUACAAAGACUACCACCAACAUUGUUACCAAGACUUUGACCCCCACAACUUCUAAGAAACAUACCUUGGUCAGCCAGAUAACAGAUGGGCAAAUUCAAAUGACUAAAACGUCUACUCAAAAGACAAAGGAAACUUCUAGCACCAAGAAAGAAAAACAGAAAAAGAAUAAAGACAAGGUACAAGAUAUAUUUAAAUUAGUAGCAUGUAAGACAAACGAUGCCUUGCAAAUAACUCUGGUGAAUAAAGUCUUGACAGAUAAUAAGGGUCGAAUCGGCUGUAUCGUGGCCAACAGGCAAUUCCAAUUUGAUGGUCCACCACCACAGGCAGGUACCAUUUAUGCUUCUGGGUGGUCAAUCACACCAGAUGGAAAUUUAGCUCUGGGAGGCAAAGAUAUAUUUUACCAAUGUCUAGCAGACAAUUUUUAUAACUUAUAUGAUCAACAUAUUGGAAGCAAAUGUGAACCAAUCCAUUUAAGAGUUGUCUCGUUAAUUGAUUGCUGA